CUCAUUUUCUACGAACGCCGGUUUGGCUGUUGUUUGUUGGCGCUCGCGGACAAAUUUCACAUAUACUAGUCUUAAAUAUGUCGGUAACAUUACAUACAGAUGUGGGUGACAUCAAAAUUGAGCUCUUUUGUGAGGAUUGUCCAAAAGCCUGCCAAAAUUUUUUGGCGCUAUGUGCCAGCGAAUAUUACAAUGGCUGCGCUUUCAUUCGCAAUAUAAAAGGUUUUAUAGUACAGACAGGUGAUCCUACAAAUACCGGUAAAAAUGGCAAAUCUAUUUGGGGUACUAAAUUUGAAGAUGAGUUCAAAGACACACUAAAGCACUCUGAUCGCGGUAUGGUUUCCAUGGCAAAUAAUGGCCCCAAUGCGAAUGCCAGCCAAUUUUUUAUAACCUAUGCAGCACAACCCAAUUUAGACCUCAAGUAUACACUUUUUGGAAGAGUAAUUGAUGGUUUCGACGCAUUAGACGAGUUAGAAAAACUGCCAGUAAAUCCCAAAACUUAUCGUCCGCAUAUUGAGAAAAAAAUCAACAGUGUUACAAUACAUGCAAAUCCCAUAGCUGGAUGAGGCCUAGCUAGGGAGUAGUGCAAAUCUUACAGAAUAUUUAAAAUAUGAGACGAACAUGAACUCUAUGCUGGCGCACCAACUCAGUUUAAGAAUUCCUUCCGACGAAAAAGUAUUAAAGAUUUGUUCUAAAUCAAAAAAAAAAAAAAAAAAAAUAUAACAAUUUUACUUAUUUAUCCCAAAUAUUUUGAACCAUGCCUUUUCAGCUACUAUAUUUUAAAUGCGUAGAUAUUAAGGCAUCAAGUGGCGUGUAACGGCGUUAGCCAUAACGGGAUUUUGUUAAUUUUUUCUUGAUUCUGCCAACAGGUAU